AUGCUAGCACAGCAUAAUCGUGGACUAAUGGUACGGCCACUGCGUGUCAUAGUCAAGACAUCAAUUGUUCAAACGCAACUCUCAGAAGUCACUAAAGUCAACACCUCACAGUACAAAUAUCAGACAUCACCUCAGACACACCACAAGUUAAUAAAAGGCGCUACAGCCAAUGCGUUCCAGUGCUCGAGGCAAGUGCCAGAGUGCCAGUGCCACCACCUGGAGGCUGACUGUUCAGGACUCAACCUAAAGAACUUCCCAGACAUCGAGGACAACAUCAACCGCCUAAUGUUCGCAGAUAACAACUUAGGGGUAACGCUGCAGGAGCAGCCAAUCCAAAUCCACGACAGCAUCGUCUACCUUGACCUGUCGAGGAACCACAUCCAGCACCUGAGGAACGGCACUUUCAAGUACCUGUGGCGCCUCCGUAUUCUGAUUCUAAGGGAUAAUAACCUGACUGCUAUAAGUGAGGGAGCUUUCCACGGUCUCCACAACCUCCGCACCUUACACCUCAACGGUAAUCAAAUUGGAUCACUCAGCCCCGUCGCGUUUUAUGGUCUGGGCGCCUUACCUACGCUUGACCUGAGUCAUCAGCGUCUCAACCACGUCUCUCCCAGAGCCUUUGUUGGUCUACGCAACCUUACCACACUGACUCUCUCCCACAACCUUCUGACAGUGUUGGAUGACGCAGCCUUCACAGGUCUGCGUAACCUGAAGAUGCUAGAUUUAAGGAACAACGCCAUUGAGACCCUGAGUUACCAGCUCUUCCAUCACAUACCCAGACUUCACCAUCUGGAGACGGAUGAGUGGCGGCUGUGUUGCCUGGCAAGACAUGUGGAGAAGUGUUUACCAGUGGCUGACGAGUUCUCCUCCUGUGAGGACCUGAUGUCCAACCUGGUGCUGCGGGUGUGUAUCUGGAUCCUCGGCUUCAUAGCUCUCCUCGGUAACUCCUUUGUCAUCAUCUGGAGGAGCAUCUAUUCCAGUGGCAACAAGAUGCACUCGUUCCUGAUCGUGAACCUGGGUGUGGGUGACCUCCUGAUGGGUGUCUACCUGUUAAUUGUUGCUGCUGUGGACCUGAGGUACCGAGGUGUGUAUGCUGCCUAUGAGCUCUCCUGGAGGACAUCUUCUCUCUGUCAGUUAGCUGGAUUCAUCAGUACCUUCUCUUCUGAGCUCUCCGUCUUCACUCUCACUGUGAUCACAGUUGAUCGAUUGAUCGUCAUCAAGUUCCCGUUCGGAGUGCGUCGAGCAGAAGAGAACGUGACGAAGGUGGUGAUGGCUGGAGUGUGGAUGCUGGUGAUCCUCCUGGCUGCUCUUCCUCUCACCAACCUACAAUACUUCAGUAACUUCUACGGUCGUUCAGGCGUCUGUCUGGCGCUACACAUCACCAAUGAGAAGCCAAGUGGAUGGGAGUAUGCUGUCUUUAUCUUCCUCGUUUUAAACUUAAUGUCGUUUGGAGUGAUCGCCGUGAGUUACGUACUGAUGUACGUGGCUGCUACGGACACGCACACGGCGGCACGGAAGGGCACGGAACCUGGUGGAGGGGACGGAGGAAUGGCCAAGAGAAUGACACUGAUUGUUGCCACGGAUGCUGCUUGCUGGCUCCCCAUCAUCUUCCUGGGCAUCGCUUCUCUCUACGGUGUCACCAUCCCUCCCAGGGUAUUCUCAUGGAUCGCUGUGUUUGUGUUACCUCUGAACGCUGCCGUCAACCCUGUGUUGUACACGCUCUCAACGGCACCCGUCAGGAAAAGACUCAAGCACCUGCGACACAGUGUUACCAGCAAGCACUCGAGGUCAGCGUCAGCAAUAUCAGGGAAUCGUCUGACGUCGUCGUACAAGAUCCGCGGCUCAACUUAUGUGACGGAAGUCAGUCCGUUGGGUGACAUCGCUAAUUCCCAGAUGUGUGUUUAUACAUCACCUGCGUCUCACUUCCCAGAACCUCUUCACUUCAUUCAAAAUAUUACUAAAGAAAAGACGGACACGGUAAACAAUGAUCCUGGAAGCCCUCCGAUCUUGUCCGUGAAAGGUGACGAUAAUGUCCACGGACGUCUUUGUCGGCACAAGAAAGAGGGCAGCAACAGUCGCGGAAGUCCUUUACUCUUGUCAGUGAACGGCAGUGACAGUGUUCACGAGCAUCUGUGUCAGAAACAGUUACUGUCUACACAGAUGCUUGAAGAAAACAGAGAUCCCGGGGUGAUCGAACUGGUACCUCUUGAGAAACUCACAACCACCAUUCUUGGUACCAAGAAGAACACGUUAAGUCGCAAGAUAACUCGUAAAAAGAAUCUCUCUGACAAUCGGUACGACUAA